ACACACUUACAGUACACACACUGGACUCAGAAAGAGGUUUGUUUACUACAGCAGGAGCAGAAAGAUGAAAUUAAUUCAUGACUCCGCCCCUUGUCUUCUCCACCUGCUGCUAUUGGCUGAGCUGUUUGUCCAUUCAUCAUCUCGUCCCGCCCACAGUUCCUGCAUCUGCGGCACGUUUGGAGCAAUGAUCCCUCAGGUGGACAAGCUGGUGAACUUAUCCAAAAAACUCCAUGACUUGACAGAUGAAGAACUCAGAAACUUUGAAGGGGUGGAAACUAGACUGGACGGUCUUCCUCAUAUAGAACACUCUGCUGCCUAUUUCAGCUCAUUGAAGGUGAACGAGUCACUCUCCCAGCUGUAUGUGUACACUCAGUCCUUCAGACUGCAUGUUGACUGGUUGAAAACAGGCAUGAAAAACUUCAGUUUGUCCUCCCUGUCAGCUGAGGGCGUCAGCACUCACCUCCUGCAGCUAUCCCACCUUGUUAAUGCAUCGCUUCACCAGAUCGGUGAAGAGGUUCCUCAGUCACCGCCGCCCUCCCUCCCUGUCAUCUCCACAGCCUUCGAAGUGCUUCAGUUCUCCGUCGAGGUCUCUGAUCGGUUAAAAGUCUUUUGUAACUGGUCAAAAAGAGUGUUGCUGAUUCUCCAGAGACUACCCUGCUGCCCUAAACAUUAAGCCUCCGCCUUCAGCACAUAAGCAACUGCUAAUGCCUUCCCACAAAACCACUGUUAACUUAUAUGAUUUUUACCCAGCAAGGAUUUUUAGCCAUGCUAGCAACAUGGCUCUAGGGAUGGUAAUGUUGGUCGGUCCACUACUUUGGGCCAGACUGAAAUAUCUAAACAACUGUUGUGCCAUGAAGUUGAGUAGAGAUAUUCAUGGAGCCCAGAGGAUGCAUUUUAAUGAUGACUUUGGUGAUCCCCUGACUUCUCCUCUAGCGCCACCCAUAGGUCAAAGUUUUAACUUAUCCAGGGAAAUAUUUCAACGUCUACUGUAUAGAUUAGCACGCAACUUGGUGCAGACAUUCAUGUUCUCCUACUGACGUUGGUGAUCCCCUGACUUUUCCUCUAGCGCCACCUUGAGGUUGACAUUUGUGGUUUUGAGUAAAAUAUCUCAACAUCUCAACAACUGUUGGGUGGAUUGCCGUGAAAUUUGGUAUAGACAUUCAUGUCCCUCUCAGGAUGAUUUAUAAUCACUUUGGUGAUCCACUGACUUUACAU